AGAGUGAAGUAGCACCAACAAAAGAUGCAGAUGUUGAAGUUGUGACAGAGCUAGCGGCAGUGGAACCAACUACCGUAGAAGAAUCGGAUAAAUGUGGCACGUUUGUCUGCUAUUUGUAUUGUCCAGCUGGAUAUGUCAAAGAUGCGAAUGGUUGCUACACCUGUAAUUGUACACAAGUGCCUGAUGACUGUGGUGAUUUUAUCUGUUCUUUUCUCUGCCCUGCUGGUUACUUGAAAGAUGAAAAUGGUUGUCCUACCUGUAGCUGUGUACCAGAAGAGAGUGAAGUAGCACCAACAAAAGAUGCAGAUGUUGAUGUUGUGACAGAGCUAGCGGCAGUGGAACCAACUACUGUAGAAGAAUCGGAUAAAUGUGGCAUCAUUAUCUGUUAUGUGUAUUGUGAAGCUGGAUAUGUCAAAGAUGAGAACGGUUGCCACACCUGUACUUGUAUACCAGAGAGUGAAGUAGCACCAACAAAAGAUGCAGAUGUUGAAGUUGUGACAGAGCUAGCAGCAGUGAAACCAACUACUGUAGAAGAAUCGGAUAAAUGUGGCAUCAUUAUCUGUUAUGUGUAUUGUGAAGCUGGAUAUGUCAAAGAUGAGAACGGUUGCCACACCUGUACUUGUAUAGCAGGUAAGAAC